UAUAUUGUGUAUCCUAUUUUCCCAAAGGUUACAUAUUCAAACCUCUUUUUCUCAAGCUUCCGCCGCACCUUCUUCUCCCUCCCUUCAACCACCACUCCGCCGCCGUCACAACCUCCUCUCCGCAGACAUACUUGGCGCGUCCGGCGAGGCCAUAACUCGACUUGGAUAGCAGCGAAGAUGGUGGUUAAACCAGGUUCGGUACCGGAUUUCGAGGCGCUCAGAGAGCUGUUUAAGCAUCAUAUAGAGUCCUUCGAUCACAUGGUAGACGCUGGAUUGGACACCGCUAUCCGCCACAUCAAAGCCGUCGAGGUUUUCGACGAGUUAACUGCCACAAAGCUUAGAAUUUCGUUGGAGAAUCCAGUUAUGUAUCCACCGCAGAAGGAGCGAAUUUCGAGGACGAUGAAGGAAGCUUUACUUCCGUUUGAAUGUAGACAGGCAAAGAUUUCUUAUACAGGAAAGCUAACUAUAGAUGUUUGCUUUCAAUACAAUGAUGGACCUGUUAUUAGAGAAACUUUAAAUUUUGGACAGUUUCCCAUAAUGUUGCAGUCAAAGUUAUGCAACUUAAGAGGUGCUGACCCCAAAAAACUUGUGUCCUACAAGGAAGAAGCAUCGGAAAUGGGUGGCUACUUCGUCUUGAAUGGCCUUGAGAGGGUUAUCCGACUGUUAAUUAUGCCAAAACGGAAUUAUCCAACGAGUAUGGUGCGAAAUUCAUUUAGUGAAAGGCGAGAAGGAUACACUGAUAAAGCAGUUGUAAUAAGGUGUGUAAGAGCUGAUCAGUCCUCAUUAUCAAUACGAUUGUAUUACCUUCGUAAUGGGAGUGCAAGACUUGGUUUCUGGUUAAGAGGAAGAGAAUACUUACUUCCUGUUGGCAUUGUUUUGAAGGCCCUCAUUAAGACAUCUGAUCGUGAAAUUUAUGUAAAAUUGACAAGUUGCUAUAAUGAAAAGUAUGCAAAGGGAAAGGGUGUUGUUGGGACCCAGCUUGUUGGUGAAAGGGCAAAAAUAAUCUUAGAUGAACUUCGAGAUUUGUCUCUAUUCACCCAAGAUCAAUGUCUAGAGUAUAUUGGAGAGCACUUCCAACCUAUUAUGCCUGAACUUAAGCAAGCCAGUUAUUCUAUUGUGGCUGAAGCUGUUUUGAAGGACUGCAUAUUAGUUCAUCUGGAUGAGAAUUUCGACAAAUUCAAUCUUCUCAUCUUCAUGUUGCAGAAACUUUUCUCGCUUAUAGACCAGACGUCAGUUCCAGACAAUCCCGAUUCCUUGCAAAAUCACGAGGUUUUACUCCCUGGCCAUCUGAUUACACUUUAUAUCAAGGAAAAAUUGGAAGAUUGGCUGCAAAAAGGAAGAAGGCUUAUUAUGGAUGAAAUCGAUAAAAAGAGCCAGAAAUUUGAUAUCAGCGACAUUGCUCAAGUUAAGAAAAUUAUGGAUAAAAAUUCGUCAAAGCAAGUCAGUGCCGCUGUUGAAAACAUGUUGAAAACUGGAAGAUUGGUUACACAAACGGGUCUAGAUCUGCAACAGAGGGCAGGAUAUACAGUUCAGGCUGAAAGGCUAAACUUUUUACGUUUUAUAUCACAUUUUCGUUCCGUUCAUAGAGGGGCCUCAUUUGCUGGACUCCGUACCACAACUGUCCGGAAGCUCUUACCUGAAUCUUGGGGAUUUCUUUGCCCUGUGCACACACCUGAUGGAGAGCCUUGUGGAUUGUUGAAUCAUUUGACUCGCACUUGUAGGAUAACAUCAUUCUUUGAUUCUCAAGGAAAAAUUAAAGAUUAUUUUAAAAUAAAAAAGUCCAUUGAAGAUAUUUUAAAGGAGGUUGGGAUGACACCAUCCGUGCCAAACACACCUCUUCCUGGUCCACCUGAAGCUCUUACUGUUCUCUUAGAUGGUUGUGUCAUUGGUUGUAUAGCAUCCAGUGAAGUGGAGAAAGUUGUGGCUUACAUACGAGAAUUAAAAGUCUCUUCUGCUUCAGUGAUUCCUGAUGACAUGGAAGUGGGAUAUGUUCCUUUGAGCAUGGGUGGAGCCUAUCCUGGUCUUUACCUUUCCACGUCCCCUUCAAGAUUUGUUCGACCAGUAAAAAAUAUAUCAAUUCCUUCCAAUGGAAAUGAAAACAUUGAGCUCAUUGGGCCAUUUGAGCAGGUUUUUAUGGAAAUUAGAUGUCUUGAUGGAGGAGAUGGUGGAAGAAAAAGUUCAUUUCCUGCGACUCAUGAAGAAAUCCACCCAACAGAAAUGCUUAGUGUAGUUGCAAAUCUCACCCCGUGGUCAGAUCAUAAUCAGAGUCCACGAAAUAUGUACCAAUGCCAGAUGGCAAAGCAAACAAUGGCAUUCUCUUCACAAACUAUUCAACAUCGUGCAGAUCAGAAGUUGUAUCAUCUUCAGACUCCUCAGACUCCCAUUGUACGCACAAGUACAUAUAGUAAGUACAACAUUGAUGAAUUUCCGACAGGCACAAAUGCUAUUGUGGCAGUUCUGGCUUAUACAGGAUAUGAUAUGGAGGAUGCCAUGAUUCUAAAUAAGUCUUCAGUGGAACGUGGAAUGUUUCAUGGACAAAUAUAUCAGACGGAAACUAUUGACUUAACUGAACAAAGCAGAAAGUCAGACCAAUCUUCGAGAAUGUUCAGAAAAAGUAAUGUAGAGAAAUCAGCUCAUCCCUCUAUUGAUUCAGAUGGACUUCCACAUGUUGGUCAGAUGAUACGACCAGAUGAACCCUAUUGUAGCAUUUAUAAUGAAGUUACAAGUUCCACACACACAUUUAAAAGAAAGGGUUCUGAAGCUGUUUAUGUUGAUUAUGUUGCUGUGGAUGUCAAAAACUCGAAGCAGCUUCAGAAGGUUAACAUACGCUUUCGACAUCCUCGGAACCCUGUUAUUGGGGAUAAAUUUAGCAGUAGACAUGGACAGAAAGGUGUUUGCUCUCAGUUGUGGCCAGAUGUUGAUAUGCCAUUUUCUGGAAAUACUGGCAUGCGCCCUGAUCUCAUCAUCAAUCCCCAUGCAUUUCCUUCCAGGAUGACAAUUGCUAUGCUUUUGGAAUCAGUUGCUGCUAAGGGAGGUUCCUUACGUGGAGAAUUUGUAGAUGCAACUCCAUUUCGAAGUUCAGUGAAGAAAGACGAUGAGGGGUCUGAUUCAAAAUCUGGUUCCCUUGUGGAUGAUCUUGGUCUUAUACUAAAAGAAAAGGGAUUUAAUUAUCACGGUCUGGAGGUUCUAUACAGUGGUGUUUAUGGAACAGAGCUAACAUGUGAAAUAUUUAUUGGGCCUGUUUAUUAUCAGCGGCUGCGACACAUGGUUUCAGACAAAUUUCAGGUUCGAUCUACUGGCACAAUUGAUCAGGUUACCCGGCAGCCAAUAAAAGGACGGAAGCGUGGUGGAGGAAUUCGAUUCGGCGAAAUGGAACGUGACUCUCUGCUUGCACACGGAGCUGCAUAUCUUCUGCAUGAUAGGUUGCACACAUGUUCUGAUUAUCACAUUGCUGAUGUAUGUUCUCUAUGUGGAAGCAUGCUGACAACAACAUUCAUCGAGCCGCAGAAGAGGCCGGUGCGCCAGAUCGGUGGGCUACCCCCCGGAAGAACCGCGAAGAAGGUUACCUGUCAUGCUUGCCAAACGAGUAGAGGCAUGGAGACUGUUGCCAUGCCUUAUGUGUUCAGAUAUUUGGCUGCAGAGUUAGCAGCAAUGAACAUUAAAAUGACUCUCAAGCUCACUGAUGGAGCUGAAGUUGGAGCCUAAUAUGUUUACAUUAUAGUAUAGUCUCAGCUGCUCUUAAACUGAUUGAAUGUGGUGAAGCUUGUGAUUGCAGCAUGAAUCUUCAAUGGAGCUCAGAUGCUUGCUCACAUCAUGGGAGAGUUAAAAAUUUUGCUGACCCUUUUAACAGAAAUUUUGCUCACAUCAUGGAGAGUUAAAAAUUUUGGAGCACAAGGUUUGAAGUGUUAUUCAUUUUGUCAAUUGUUAUGUGGAAAGUGUUCAACGGAUUCAGAAGGUGGGAAGACUUACGUGGAUUUUAUAGUUAUUGUAAAUUCUAUCGUAGCCUUGAGUUGGGGUCUUGAUUAUUGCUACUUGAAGAUAGAUACAUUUUUCUAUUAUUAUUUUGCAUAUUACCAGUAAGUUUAUACAAUUUUUAGUUUAAUGAUAUAGUUAUUAUGUGGAUU